AUGCGUCUUUUCCGCAAAACAAAUUCCCAAGAACACCAAAUUCUUCCUCAAUUCGAACGAAAAAAUUCGAGUUCGAGCGAAAGUGAAAAUGGUGGAUUUUUAAAAAUGACAAAAUCCGAACUGGAUUUGAGAUAUUGUCACAAAAUGGACAACAGGAUAAAAAAUCCAGAAAUCCAGAAAUCAGGAGCCAACCAGAGGGAUUUUGAUGACCACAAGGAUAAUAAAAGAGGUGAAGAAAAACCUUCGUGGAGAUUUGGCAAAACAUACAAGCCUAAUGAUAAUGUUAUUAAUGUGAAUAAUAACACGUUGCACGGCAGCAAAUAUAACACUUUGAGGAACUCCAUACAUGGGUUCGAAGGAUUUGAUAAAAGUAAACAAAUCGGAGGUUCUGCAAGUUGUCUCCUCUAUCCAUCAUCUGACAACCCUCAAAACAAAAGCACAAUUGCUGAAGAUAUCAGAAGAAUGUUCAGCAGAACUUCCAGUAUGGGACUGCUGGUCACAAAUACACAACCACAAAAUUUCCAAGCAGACCAACAAAUAAAUUUAGAGCCUUCAAAUCCUUUGUACAGAUCCUUGUCGACAUCCCAACUUACAGCUUCGUCUUAUAUCAGAUGUGAUGACCCUACAGAUGGUGUCUUUUUUAACCAGAAAAAAGACCAGAAGAAGUCUGAGGGUAGUAAAAUUUGUUUGCAAAGUUCUGAGGGCACAAAUACCAUCAGGAGGAAGUCUAAAGCCUCCAGUUGUGAUGAUUUGGCUGCUGGUGAAGGUAUUGAAGAUACUUCUCACCAGCAACAAGUGCAAUUUAAGCGUGCAAAUUUUCCUUACGCCUUUUUGAGAAGUUCCAAAUUAUCAGCUUUACCUGAAGAAGAUUGUAACCAGCAAAUGUUAUCACGAACAGGCAGAGAUUCAUCUUUAUCCAUAAGAUCAGAAGCACCUUGUCUCAGGAACAAAAACUGGUACCCAGAACAUGAUCUAAUUUUUGAUCCAGUAAUGUCCAACAGACGAAGAUCAUCAGCAGUAUCUUUGGACCAAAGUUUUGCUGCAGCUUCAUUGUUUGCUAAUGGUAAUAAUUUAAAUCAAUCAAGACGACGUUGUUCUAUUGCUGAAUUGGGUAUCAGUCAUCCAAGAACCACAGACCAAGAUGUUUUACGUCCAAGAAGAUUUUCCACAGAUUUGGUUUUGGACAAUAAGAAAGCAUUUGUUAGAACUUGGGGACGAGGUAGAACUGAUGUCUCCAGCAACGAAUCAGGAUACGACAGCGAUGGUGGAGGUGGCGGGUUGAAGAUUCUUGUUAAUUCUAAUAAUUCCAAUGCUGGUGUGUCGAAUAAGGCAAGUCGGGUGCAGGAUUUGGAUGCUGAUAGUGGUGUCAACGAAGGAUCGGCUUGUUCUGAUGGCAGUUCUUUGCACGAUUCAGAAUCCUCUCUGGGAACUACUGUUGGUGAAGUUUUGGACUUUGAGAGCAGGAUAACAAGUAUUAAGGAUAAACGCACCAGGUUUCGUAGGAUCAUGUUGCAAAAACAAUCUGCUAACCAACCAUUGGGCAUCAGACUUAUCAGGAUGAACGAGCAGGAACCAAGAUACAUUAUUUCCAAAAUUGAACAAGGCUUAGUUGACAGGGAUGGUAGACUCGAGUGGGUGAUGAAAUUAUUUCAGUAAACCAGCAAAAUCUUCACGGUCUUCAAAAUUUUGAUAAAGCCACAGAAAUCUUGGCAACACAUUCAGGACCUCCUCAUUUUUUGGUGGAGCUGAUAAUUGCACACGAGGAACAACUGUUGGUACAGAGUUGUAAGCCUAAAGUUGAAGCAAAGUGUGGAGAUUUGAUUGAUCUACAUGAUAAUGGGAAUGAACCAGGAUCUUGGCAGGUGGAUGAUGGGAAAACUUUGGCACCAGUCAGGAUUUGAACCAGCCAGAUCCAAUUGAUACCAAAAAAGUAGCAUCAGGAAAUAAGGAAAAUGAUCUGAUGCACUUUAGUGAUGACUUUGCUGGUUCUUUAACAGGACCAAGGACUAUUAAGAAAUUUAAAUGCAAUGACAACUUGUCUAUUUUGGAACCAAAAAAUAUCUUGGACAUGCCUGAAUGUACAGAAGAUUUUUUGCAAAUAAAUGUGGAAGAGUUUCAGCAUAUUUAUCCAAAUAUUAUAGUGCACCAAGGAUCUUCUAGCAAAAAAACUGGAGUAAACUACAAAACUUGCAGACAACCUUGAU